CUUCGGCCUUAUUUAACCAUCGAAUCACCUAUUUAAGAAUGAGUCUAAUCUCUGCUUCGCUUACUCUCGAAAGACCCGUCCCUUCAAUAUGAGGUUCCUACUUCUUUUUGCUGCAGCUUUGCUCCUCUUAGUCGCUCCGGCUAAAACUGAACCUGAAUCUACAACAUCUGAAUCUCCGAUAACAACUGUACCAACUGUUUCCAACAAAGGCGAAUCUAUAUUAAAUUUCGAGGUAGAACAAACAGCCCCCUUCAACGAGCUCCGGAGGAAGCUUGCACAAGCACAGGCAGAGGUCAAGUUGUUAGAUGAAUGGAAGGUAAAACUGGACACCCAGUUUAAGUCGUCAAUGACCCAAUUGGCCCUGCUCACGGAUGAGAGGGAUCACUUGUCUGUCAAACUAAACAAUUCCAGAAACGAGCUCCGGGAGGAGCAGGACAAGCUGAAAGCGGAGCAGUUGCAAAAGGAUAAUUGCAAGCCUAGCCAAACGGAGAUGGCUGUGCUGCUUGACAGGGAGACCAGCAAGCAGAUGAGAAAGCUGGAAAGAAAAUUGAAGCAAUCCUAUAGAAAUCAGUACGCAGACUUGCUCAAUGAGCUGCGCAGGAGGAUCGACAAGGCAAUAAAGCGCCUAUAAGAGACCUGCUUUUAAAGGCCUAAGCCACAGUCACAGUCACAUCUAGUAAAACAAUAAAAUUCGUAAGGAGUUAGUAAUAUCUUAAA